AGACGCCACCCCAGGGACCUCCACUGUCAUCUGACGACCGUGACCGCGAGUCGCUGACGGAGAUCGUGAACGAAUGGAAGAAGAGCGUCGAAGGGUACUGGACUGGUACGGGAGGAGUGGACGGAGGAGCGGGGGCGGUUGCGUCGCGUUGAACUUGGUGUUUGCUAGGUUGCCUGUUACCCUGCCUGGCGGCGGCACUCCCGCUCCUAUAUCACGGCUCAAGAUCUUCCGUACCUGCUCGAUCGACCUCGGAUUAUGCUCUGAAGAUGUCUGACUUUUCUAGUAUCACGCCCUCAACAGGGCCGCCGCGGUCACCUCUGUUUGGCACCGCGACGUUCUCAACACCCUCACCAACUCAAACACCCAUGUCUCCAUCAAAGCUUUCUUCAUCCAUCCGUUCUGCCACACCAAUCGCAUCGUCGUACGACAGCGAUGACGCCUCGUCAGGCCGACAGAUGCGCCGAAUCGUUGUAUCACCCUCUCCGAUAUCAAGAGACUCCGACACCUAUGCGUACGAAGAAGACUCAAUGAGGGACGCGGCAGAAGUGGAGGCCGAACUUGCUCAAAUCAACGACGAUAUCGACGACUUCCUCUCCGAAGUUUCGCGAAACUCCUCCAGAGACGCUUCCACCUAUACAUCCUACACUGGGCCGUCUACAUACACGUCUUACACCGGCCCUUCGACGUAUACUACACGCACGGACAGUGUCUCAAACGCUGGAUCUGGGACGUCUGGCAACUUCCGCGCCGCAGCGGGGCCCAUGCCUACGACUGAACGCGGACCGCGAGUCCUCAGCACAAUCUCGGAGCACACAGAAAAUACACCAUCGAGACCCUCUUCGUAUCCUUCCGCCGGUGAUGCUAACCGGCUCUCAGCCCACAUCGAAGGCAUAGUGUCUCGUUCUCGCUCCGCCACGGAACCGUCUCAAACGACGCAGCCUCCGCGUCCGCUUCCAUCAACUCCCGGCCCCAAGGUAGUGGAGCGUAUUGCAUUCUUCGAGGACCGUACAGCGGCAUCAUCUGGCAGUCCCGGGCCAUUCUUCGGACACGCUAGGACGGGCUCGGCGCCGUCUGCCAUUCGGUCUCCUAGUCCUUACACGACGACACAGAGUCGCUCAAUGCCGACAUUGAGCAGCACAGCUUAUGGGUAUGGUAGUACAACAGGUUAUGGGAGCGCUUCAUACGGCUCUCGGCCUUCGUCGCGCACGGGCUCUGCGGUAUCGUACUCGGGCCCCAACACCACGAUGUCCUCGAUGCUAUCGCCGCCACCUCGCGCGCACAGUGCGCUCUCUUGGGACUCUUUCAAUCCCACGAGCACCGAGGCGACGACGCUCACUACCCGCACGCCCGUCUCCGCUACCACUUACACUGCGUCAGGUAUGGGAACCGGGACAUACACCAAUCCGAAUUCCAAUACGUUCUCCAAUACACUCUCAAGCUUGGACCCGACGACGACUACCCAGACGACGAGUACGCUUACCCCACGCCAGAUGACACCGAACGACCGCACAGCGUUGAGCCAAGUGCGCAACGUGAUUAGUCGGUGGAAAGGAGCGCACACCCUCGAUGUGGAAGUCAGAGCAUUCUACGACGUCGCCAUCGCCUACCCAGAGCGAUGGUCUCUUCAGCAUCCGUGGCAGAAGGGCGAGCGACCCCGUCUCGAUGGCUGGCCUGGAUGAGAGUGGCAGCGGGGAUCUUAGUACUAGCGGGCUGCUUCCGCCACCGUUCGAUAUCAAUGAAAUGGGACAGUACGCUGGAGCCACGGAGACUCAAGAGCCGCUUCGCAUUGGUCUCUUGUGGUACCUCAAUGUGCACGCGCCGCCCUAUAGAUGGCAGCGCUGCCAGGCCCUCCUAUACCCGCACAUGCUACUGCUCUCCUGGAUCGCCGCGGGUGGUGGCCGUGGUAUCGUUACCUUGGAUCUGUUGAACUCUACGGAAGUGCAGUCGGCCAAGUCGCCUACG